AUGUCAAAAGACUUUAAUUCUUCACGUAUUAAAAUCAUCAAAUCCAAUGAUUCUUACGCAAAGGUCAAUGAAAAGAAAGACCUAACAAAAUACGCUCUGGAAAAUGGUAAGAUCAUUUCUACAAGAGAGCGGCCCAUAGCCUCUGUCCCUGCUAUAAGGGGGAGGAUACCAAGUGAUGAGGAAGUAUUCGACUCCAAAACUGGAUUACCCAAUCAUACCUUUUUAAGAGAACAUUUCUUUCAUGAAGGUCGACUUUCCAAAGAGCAAGCCAUAAAGAUUUUAAAUAUGUCAACUGAAGCAUUAGGGAAAGAACCCAAUUUACUGAAGCUGAAAGCCCCAAUUACAAUUUGUGGUGAUAUCCAUGGCCAAUACUACGAUUUAUUGAAACUCUUUGAAGUAGGUGGUGAUCCUGCCGAAAUCGAUUAUUUAUUCUUAGGGGACUACGUCGACAGAGGCGCAUUUUCCUUCGAAUGUUUGAUUUAUUUGUAUUCCUUAAAACUGAAUAACUUGGGAAGAUUUUGGAUGCUUAGAGGUAACCAUGAAUGUAGGCAUUUGACCUCGUAUUUUACUUUCAAAAAUGAGAUGCUACACAAAUACGACAUGGACGUUUACGAUGCGUGCUGCAGAUCAUUUAAUGCCUUGCCGUUAGCAGCGUUAAUGAAUGGCCAAUAUUUUUGUGUACAUGGUGGUAUCUCUCCAGAGUUGAAAUCGGUAGAGGAUGUCAAUAGAGUUAAUAGAUUCAGAGAAAUUCCAUCUCGCGGUCUCAUGUGUGACUUACUGUGGGCCGAUCCUAUUGAAGAGUAUGAUGACGCAAGGGAUGGCAGUGAAUUUGAUCCGAGGGAAGAUGAGUUUGUACCUAAUAGUUUGAGAGGCUGUUCCUUUGCUUUCACCUUCAAGGCAUCCUGCAAGUUUUUGAAAGCAAACGGUCUAUUAUCUAUUAUCAGGGCACACGAAGCACAAGAUGCAGGAUAUAGGAUGUAUAAAAACAACAAGGUGACCGGCUUCCCUAGCUUGAUAACCAUGUUUAGUGCUCCGAACUAUUUGGACACCUAUCACAACAAAGCCGCUGUAUUGAAGUAUGAAGAAAACGUCAUGAACAUUAGACAAUUCCACAUGUCUCCGCACCCUUACUGGUUACCAGAUUUUAUGGAUGUUUUCACCUGGUCACUACCAUUUGUCGGCGAGAAAGUUACUAGCAUGCUAGUAUCAAUAUUAAACAUAUGUAGUGAUGAAGAACUAGACCCAGAAUCAGAGCCACAGGCUGCGGAAACUAAUGAAAAGAUAAUCACAGACACCACUAAGGAUGCUUGCACUGAUGAUAGCAAAAAGACAUCAUCUGCGAUAUUAGAAGACGAGACUAGAAGAAAAGCUUUGAGAAACAAGAUCUUGGCCAUCGCUAAAGUUUCAAGGAUGUUUUCAGUUCUAAGGGAAGAGAGUGAUAAAGUUGAGUAUUUGAAGACGAUGAAUGCUGGUGUUCUACCCCGCGGUGCUUUAGCUCGUGGGUCUGAAGGACUUGAUGAAACACUAAGUACCUUUCAAAAAGCUAGAAAGGAAGAUCUUAUCAAUGAAAAACUACCACCUUCUUUAUCAGAASUUGAACGCGAAAAGAUUAAACACUAUGAAGAAAUAUUAAAGAGAGCAGAUGAUAAAUAA